AUGGUUCGUCCGCGCGGUCGGUCACAACUCGGCGUGGACAUCCGCGGCGACACCAGCGCGCCCGCGAUGUCCACGAUGAACGAAGUGAGUCCCAUUGAACCCACAUCGCCGGAUUUGAACAAGCAAUUCGAAUCCCGUAUCGCCGACAAAUCCGCCGGCAAGACACACUCGAAGCGUCGCCGCAAUCGCUCGCUCCUCCACCGGUUCGCCGACACCUGUCUCAAGUACACUUGGCUGCUGCCGCUACUCAUCCUCGUCUUCUUGCUAUCGCUCUAUGCCGUGAAUCCAAGCCCGUCCAACCCCAUGCACAGCGCCAUCUUCCUUUCCUACCCGCAACCCCCCAAGACCCCCGGCGGACCCAUUAUGUAUGGCAAGGGCGAAAAGGACAUCGCCUUCGUGGCUUUCUACACGGUCGUUCUAUCGUUCACGCGCGAGUUCAUCAUGCAGCAGAUGAUCCGUCCGCUGGCGGUUUGGUGCGGCAUCCGCGGCCGCGGCAAGACCGCCCGCUUCAUGGAGCAGGUCUACACUGCCAUCUACUUCGGCAUCUUCGGACCCUUUGGGUUAUACGUCAUGAAGCAGUCCGAUAUUUGGUACUUCAACACCACUGCGAUGUUCGAGGGCUUCCCGCACCGGGAGCACGUGGCCAUCUUCAAGGCGUAUUAUCUGCUCGAGGCGAGUUACUGGGCCCAGCAAGCCAUUGUGCUCCUGCUGCAGCUUGAAAAGCCCCGCAAGGACUUCAAGGAGCUGGUCGGCCACCAUAUCAUCACCUUGGCUCUCAUCGGUCUCAGUUACCGCUUCCACUUCACCCACAUGGGUAUCGCCGUCUACAUUACCCAUGACGUGUCGGACUUUUUCCUGGCCACCUCCAAGACUCUGAAUUACCUCGACUCUAUCAUUGUCGCACCGUACUUCGGGAUGUUCGUUGGCAUGUGGAUCUACCUGCGCCACUAUCUGAACCUGAAGAUCCUCUGGGCCGUCCUGACCGAGUUCCGCACUGUUGGUCCUUUCGAGCUGAACUGGGAGACUCAACAAUACAAAUGCUGGAUCAGUCAGUACAUCACUUUCGGUCUGCUGGCCAGUCUCCAGGCGGUCAACCUGUUCUGGCUCUUCCUUAUCCUACGCAUCCUCGCCAACUACGUCUUCAACAGCGUUCGCAAGGAUGAGCGCAGCGAUGACGAAGAUUCGGAAGAAGAGCUGCAGAAUGAAGUGGACUCCAAAGCUACACUAGCCACUGGCGUUGCCAAGGAGAACCAGACACCUGAAGUCUUCGUCAACGGCGAGCCUGCGCCCGAGACCCGCGGCCCGCGGACUCGCAGCAAGAAGGCUUAA